GCCGCUACACCGCCUCCGGUGCCGCGUUUGCCGUAUUGUACUGCGCGCGCUUGCUUCUCGACCGCCAUCAGUCAGUCGGUGCCGUGACUGUGCCGGACCAUGAGCUAAAGUGCAUAUCGGCAACCAUGACGAGUAGAGGCAUACGACGCAAGAAAUCCUCGCUCAGCGAGGUGAAGGUCGCUGUCAUAGGCGCACCUUCGGUGGGAAAAAGCGCUCUCACUGUGCGGUUCCUUACCAAAAGAUAUAUCGGCGAAUACGACCACCAACAAGAUUUCAAGUAUCGCCAUGAGGUUUUGCUGGAUGGAGAACCGAUACUCUUCGAAAUACUGGAUACCUGUCCCAAGAACCUCGAUGAUUUGCCGACUUCGGAUGUGGCCCAAUGGGCUGACGGGCUGUGCUUCGUGUACUCGAUCAUGGACCGGGAGUCGUUCAACUUCGUGCGACGCGCCCGGCAAAUUCUACAGCCUGAGAUCCCGCUUACACUCGUGGGGAACAAGGCUGACAUGGUACAUCUGCGGCAGGUCAGCUUAGAGGAAGGAGAGAUCUUGGCGAAAGACUUUGAGUGCGCUUUUGCUGAGGUAGCUGCAGCUGAACAAGUGGCCCAAGUCGGCGAAGUUUUCAACGAUUUAUGCCGUGAAGUGCUGAUACUCCGCCGUCGGGCCAAGCACAGCCUGCUCGACCGCAUGCUGGGAUCUAAGGGCGGAGCUCAUCGCGUUUACUCUCGGGGAAAGAGUGAUUCGGCUCUCCCAAAGGAUUAACAGUUGGCCUCCAGUAGCUCCAGCAUAGACACUUGUUGCUUAGCUACAUACUGCUGCGAACUGAUGUAAAUGGACUUUCGUCUUCGGCGUCUCGUUGUUAACACAGCCAUAUGAAAACAUUGGCCGAAGAAAAUAGAAAUUAUUAUUAUUUACUUAAAAUUGAACUUUUCCAUUGGACGUUUUUCCGUAAUGGCAAGCAUAGAAAAUACUCUCUACAAUCGCUCGAAUGAAGAAGCAUUUCGAUAUUGGUUGAAAUAUUUACCUCUUAAACUAUCGUCUUACUUAAUAAAUCUUCAGGACAACAAAACUUCGAGAGCAUUCGCCGAAAUCCGCUGUAGCUGCACAAGUGUCCCAAGUGGAGAGGCCAAACACAAGCCACGUGCUGGGGUUCGCAAAGCGUCACCCACAAGUGAAUAGACAUUGUCUUAAUUUGAAGACACGUUGUUUAAACUUUCAAGUUUUAGUGUGUAGUAAAUUUGUCGUAUACCAUAAUCUUAUUUAUUGUCUUUUUCUUGUUCUGCUGUGGACACAGUCUAUUAAAAGUAUUAAUAAUUGUUUGGUUGUAAUUGAAAGAGAAAUAUGAUGGGUAUUUGAACGAAAGAAUUUAAAAAGAAAGAAAAUGAGUACAUUUAUAUUCGUGAAAAAUGGUGUAACCAUGUGCAGUCUAGUUUCCAGUGUAAAGAUAAGUUUAGGAUGUUG